CUCCGCCUCUGGGUUGCAGUAACGGAGGCUCCCUGCAGCGGCUCAGUGAGGAGGAGCUGUUUCUCCACGGGAAGUGAGGCAGGCGUUCCGUUUUAAUGAAGCUCAUGUCAACUAAUGGCCCAGAGGCGACGGAGAGAGUAACGUUAUCAUUUAUCUCAUUAUCUAAAGUUUGAAACGGUCACUUUUUUAAAAACUUGUUUUAGUUUUACCACCGGGACUCAGUGCGCAGCAGCAACGCCCCGGGGCUGAAAUUAAACUCUCACAAUGUCUGAUGGGGAGUAUGAUUACCUCAUAAAGUUCCUAGCCCUCGGUGACUCUGGAGUGGGGAAAACUAGCUUCCUCUACCAAUACACAGACUGCAAGUUUAACUCCAAAUUCAUCACCACAGUUGGAAUAGACUUCAGAGAAAAAAGAGUGGUUUACAAAUCAACAAAUCCAGAUGGAUCUCCAGGUCGAGGACAGAAUAUCCACAUGCAGCUGUGGGACACAGCAGGACAGGAGAGGUUUCGGAGUUUGACGACGGCGUUCUUUAGAGAUGCAAUGGGUUUCCUUCUCCUGUUUGACCUCACAAAUGAACAAAGUUUUCUCAACGUCAGAAACUGGAUGAGUCAGUUACAGAUUCACGCAUACUGUGAAAAUCCAGACAUCGUUCUGUGUGGCAACAAAUGUGACCUGUCGGAUCAGAGAGCAGUCCGUGAGGAAGAAGCCCGUGAGCUGGCAGAGAAGUACGGAAUCCCAUAUUUUGAGACAAGCGCUUCAAAUGGGCACAACGUGAACAUGGCUGUGGACGUCCUGCUGGAUCUCAUCAUGAAGCGGAUGGAACGAUGUGUUGACAAAUCCUGGAUCCCUGAUGGGACCGUCAGAGCUAACGGACCCAGCAACCCAGACCUCUCAGAGGCCUCUGAUAAUAGCAAAUGUGCAUGUUAGACUCAAUUAUGAACGUUACAUAUCUGUGUCCAUAAAACUGUUUAAAAAAUAGGAAGACAUCCAAGUCAAUCAGUUGGAGUAUACAAAUGCAUAUUGUAAAAUAUUUAAGGUGAAACUAUAUUUAUCUUUAUUGCCCCACUAAGUAGUGCUUAACUAUAUAUAGUACAGAAGUGUAUUCGGUCCAUUAGAGAAAAUAAAUUAGAGGAAGAUAUUGAUUUGUUUUAUUUAGGGAAAAAUGUAGAGGAAUAAACCUGACUUUUUAAGAUUCAAAUCAAAAUGUCCUGAAUAAAUUAAUUUUAUUCUCAACAUUUUGCCUUUAUUCUUCAAAUAUAAAAAAGGGCAAAUUAAAGAUCUUAUUCCCAAGCCUGGCCGUAAUACCCUUCCAUAGAAAAGUUAUGUUUCAAUGUAGGCAUUUCAUUUGAAUUCAUUUAACUGGUCUUUUCAAAUGUCUAUUAUAUUGGAACCUUGGAUAUUUAUUUCUAAUGAUGACCUGCUGAAAAGUUGAACUUCAUCAUUUUGAAAUGCUGAUCAUAUUUCCAGGUAUAAACUUUGUGCCUCAAGUUGCAUCAAAGUGAGCUGCCCUGCCAAAUGUGCUAUCUCAAUACUUCUAACACUGUUCACUUGCUGUAAGAUUAGCGUAGAUUCACACUGCGAUUAAAGAAGUCACUUUGUACAGUCAGAUGAAUGUUGACUGAUACCUUCAGUCACGGUGUAUUUGGGUCUGCUAUGGAUAUACUUUUAGGAAGCUUACUGAUGUUGUGCUUAAUGUCCUUCUUAAUAAUGCUAGAUUGCCCUGCAACAGCCAGUAAACAUGUUGCUCACAUUGUCCGUCUGAAAUUAUUUAGAAGGACAAUUAACACUUGUUUUUUUUGUUUUCUGUGGGAUUGUUUUUCAAAAACAUUGAUAAUAGAAUAAAGUUUGUCCCAUUCAUUAACACUUUAUUAUGUACAGCGACGGGUUCUGCCAAUGAUUGCAACAAAAAAAAAUCAAAUAGUUUAAUAUAUUUUAAAGUAAGAAAUGUUAAUGAAAAAUGUUGCUGUAGAUUUUGUAACCAUGUAAUACCAGCGUAGAUGAGGCUGACCUUCAGUGCCUUGUAUUGAUCUUUUUUUCUCAAUAUUCAACUUUAAUGGUUUCUAUAGUUUUAGAGUAUUCAGGAUUUAGCUCAGCCGAGAUACUAGACACUGAUAUGCCAAGGAUCCGGGAUGAAAACAUAUGGAUAACGAAUAUCUAUCACCUGAAAACAGAUACCACCUGUAGUGUCAAGAUUCUCCUAGCAGAUGCUAUGUUUUUAAAUACUGGGACAAUUGUUCAGGCAGCCAUCUAUAUACAUAUUAUAAUACAACAUGCUAAUUGCAAUGAAAAGAGCUGAUACACACCCAAGGAUGAAUUAUGUAACACUCAGUAUAUUUUUGGAUGUACUGACGGUUAGAUAAUUAGACUGAUAAUAGAGAGAUGGGCUAAGCCUUUGUUAUGUAUUGGCUAGUUUGAUAAGAAUCGUAAUAACAUGGUUUCCUCAUUUCAGUUUACUUACAUGGUGUUCAUUUUAAAUCCCUAUGCAUAUCCUCUCAGAUCCUUUAAAGUGUUAUAGAUUUAUAAUCCCACUGGUGUAUAAUAAAAUGAAGAGUAUCUAAACUUAGUAAACCACUGAAAUGGUGUUGUGAGAUAUUUUGUCCCAACUGUAUUUUUUUGUUUUACACACACAUGGACAUUUUUUGUAUUAAUUGUAAAGGGUGAAAGUGAUGUUGUAGUUAAGACACACAAACAGCUAAAGUUGAAUUUGAUUACAUGAGUAUGACUAUGCUGAUUAAUUUCAUAUUUUAAAGUGUGCCAUACAUAUUCAUAUGCAAAAUGUAUAUCAUGAGCGAAAAUAAACUGUUUUAUUUAUGUAUUCCUCAAAA